AUGAAUCAGGAGGACGCACCCCUGUUGACAGAAACACGAACUCCUAAUGACUUUGACGAAGAAAGCCUCUCUGGUAACGGAGGUGGGUCCCAAGGUGUUGGCGUUCAGGAGCGUAUUCCUCGUACACGUGAAGCACCUCGAGACCGCACCAACUUCAUGCCGUUACGUCACGGAAAAUUUUCAAGAUUGGAGACAAUACUGGCUUUCACGAGCAUUAUAUUACUAAUACUCAUGAGCAUUUUUGCUGGUUUAUAUGCAAGAGGAAGGUCCAACAAACACCGCGAAAUCAUAAUCCCAGCUCCUGAGCCGCCAUCGAAAAAUGAGACCGACGAGGGGCCAUGCUUAACGAGUGGUUGCAUUGUAACAGCAGCUCAGAUAUUAUCGGAUAUGGACUCCAAUGUCGACCCUUGUGAUGAUUUCUAUCAAUAUACUUGCGGAGGAUGGUUGAAACGACAUGUCAUCCCCGAUGAUAAAGGGAGAUAUGGUUACUUUGACAGCUUGUAUGAGGAAAAUCAGAAACUUUUAAAAGGAAUCCUCGAGAAUGAAUUCGGAUCACCCAAUGAACCUUAUCUUCCACCCGCAAACGAAGUCCAAGAUAAACUAAACCUUUACAAGCUUCAAGACUUUUAUCAGUCGUGCAUGAACGAAACUCAUAUCAAUCACCUGGGAAAUGCUCCUCUGGCUCCAAUAUUGAGUAAAAUUCUGGAUGAUUUCCCGAUAGACAAGGAAUAUUCGUUGUUUUAUAAUAUAGGCAACUUGAAUUAUUCAGAUGUGCAACCCCCGCUUGAUGAACAAAAUUUAACAUAUGUUUUGGCUUAUCUAUCUACCCUCGGCGUAAAACCAUUGUUCACAUUUUACACCGAUGCCGAUGCAAAAGAUCCAACAAACAACGCUUUACACCUAAUGCAAUCUGGUCUUGGCCUUCCUUCCAAAGAGUAUUAUGAUGAAGAAAGUAUUUUGGAUGUUUACAGGGACGUCAUUGCCGAAUUACUAGGGAAAGCUUUAGUCUAUGACGAUAUGAUGAAUGGAACGGGUGUUAACGUAAUCGAUAAAUUGGUUGAGUAUGAGGUGACAGAUAUGUUUGAAGGAAUCGCACAAAAAAUCGUGGACUUUGAAAUAUCCUUGGCUAAAAUUUCCUUAUCCGCCGAAGAAAUGUCCAAUCCCGAUUCGACAUAUAACAACCAUACCAUAUUUUCUCUCUCCAGACUUAGCCCCAGUUUCAUGUGGCUAAACUACUUGACUACUCUUUUGCCACCAAAUGCCAAUCAUGACCUUAAAAUAAUUUUGCAUUCGAACAAAUAUUUUAAGGAUGUUUCAAAUCUUGUCAAAGAGACUCCACCUCCUGUCUUGCAAACUUAUUUUAUCUGGCAGGCCGUUCUCGGAUACGCAGACUUCCUGGAUGAGAAUUUCCGAUCUCCUAUUAGAAGGUUGAUGGCCAAGCUCAGAGGUAUCGAUGAAUCGGUGAAACCGAAAAGAUGGGAGGUUUGUCUUCGUGCCGUAGAUUCUACCAUGGGACUUAUGGCCGGUAGAUUUUUCGUGCUAAAAGCUUUUGGUGGUCAAAGUAAGGAAAUUGCAGACCAACUGAUUGGUUCUCUUAAAGAUGCAUUCAUAAAUCGCAUGCCAAAAAUCGAGUGGCUUGAUGAUGCGACUCGUGAUAAGGCCAUCGACAAGGUUGAAAAAAUAAUUCAAAAAGUCGGGUACCCUACAAAAUCUCCAGAUACUAUGUCUCCGGGGUCAUUGGCAGAAUAUUACGAUAAAAUAGUAAUUAAUAAUGACACCUUUUUCGAAAAUAUCGUGAGUGCGGAGCGAUGGCAGUCCGAAAGACAAUGGCAGAAAAUAGGAAAACCCGUAGAUCGCGGACAUUGGUAUAUGACACCUCAGACAGUCAAUGCUUAUUAUAAUCCUACUGCGAACGAAAUUGUAUUUCCAGCCGGAAUUCUUCAGCCUCCAUUUUUCAGCGCGGAGACGCCGGAAUAUAUCAAUUUUGGUGGAAUUGGUAUGGUCAUUGGACACGAACUCACGCACGCGUUCGAUAAUCACGGGCGACGAUACGACGCGAGUGGCCGUUUGAUUCAAUGGUGGUCCAACGAAACGAUUGAGGCAUUCAACAAUAAGACGGAAUGCUUUAUUUCUCAAUAUUCUAAUUAUACCGUCGAUGAUCCGAAGGGAGUUCCUGUACAUCUGAACGGCCGGUUGACUUUAGGUGAAAAUCUGGCUGACAACGGAGGUCUCGCGGAGGCUUAUCAUGCGUGGUGGACCAGGUACGAAAAUGAUCCGGAUGGCGAAUUAUAUAACAAUCAAUUGUUACCUGGAUUGAACAAAAACACGAGAACAACUAUUUUACAUUUCAUACGGUCAUACCUGGUGUUCAAAGUUCGUACUGAUCCCCAUGCACCGGCUUACUGGCGAGUCAAUGGUGUAUUGCGUAACUCACAGCACUUUGCAAAAACCUUUAAUUGUAAAAGUGGAACAAAGAUGAAUCCUGUAGAUAAGUGCACUUUGUG